AUGUCUGGCAUCAUCAACAAGGUCAAGGACGUUAUCGCCGAGCACAAGGAGGAGAAGGCCGAGCAGAAGGCCGAGCAGACUGGCACCACCCACACUGGCACUACCCACACUGGCACUACCCACAACUCCCACCAAUCCUCCAACUAUGGCCCUCAUGAUAGUAAUAUCACAAACGCUGCCGACCCUCGGGUUGAUAGCGACCGCUCCAAGUACAACACCUCUUCCACUACUGGCCCUACCUCUACCGGUGCCGGUUUGACUGGUGCUAGCCACACCACCCACGGUACCACCGGCUCCUCCAACUAUGGUCCUCAUGACAGCAACGUUGCCAACGCUGCCGAUCCCCGUGUCGACAGCGACCGCUCUGCCUACAACACCACUGGCCACCACUCCGGUGCUGGCAUGACCGGCGCUGGUAUGACCGGUGCCGGUUUGACUGGUGCUAGCCACAACACCCACAGCACCACCGGCUCCUCCAACUACGGUCCUCAUGGCAGCAACGUUGCCAACGCUGCCGACCCCCGUGUCGACAGUGACCUUUCCAGCCGCCACGGUACUACUGGCUACAACACUUCUUCGACUGGCCACCACUCCAAUGCCGGUAUGGCUGGUACUGGACUGGCAGGCGCUGGUGUCGCCGGCGCCGGCCUGGCUGGUGCUCACCACAACACCCACAACACCCACAACACCACGGGUUCCUCCAACUAUGGUCCUCACAGCAGCAACGUUGCCAACGCUGCCGACCCCCGUGUCGACAGCGACCGCUCCGCGUAUAACACCACUGGCCACCACUCCGGUGCUGGUAUGACUGGUGCUGGUUUGACUGGUACUAGCCACAACACCCACAGUACCGCCGUCCCUACCUCUACUGGUGCCGGUUUGACUGGUGCUAGCCACACCACCCACGGUACCACCGGAUCAUCCAACUAUGGUCCUCAUGGCAGCAACGUUGCCAACGCUGCCGACCCCCGCGUGGACAGUGACCUUUCCAGCCGUCACGGUACUACUGGCCACCACUCCAAUGCUGGUAUGGCUGGUACUGGACUGGCUGGCGCUGGUGUCGCCGGCGCCGGCCUGGCUGGUGCUCACCACAACACACACAGCACCACGGGUUCCUCCAACUAUGGCCCUCACAGCAGCAACGUUGCCAACACUGCCGACCCCCGCGUGGACAGUGACCUCUCCAACCGCCACGGCAGCACCGGUGUUGCUUCAACUCACUCCUAUGCCACCGGCCCUGCCUCCUCCACCGCUGGUCCCCAUGAGAGCAACCUGGCCAACAAGGUCGAUCCUCGUGUCGACAGUGACCUGAGCAAGCAAAAGACUCACCACUCCAGCAUGAGCGAUGAGAUGCACACGGGCGGCAACCCCAACACUACCACAAAGUCCUUUGAGCAGGCCCAGAAGACUGCUGGUGUCAACCCUCAUGUCGGCAGUGUCAGCUCUGGUGCUGGUGCUGGUAGCAGCUACAACCAGCACGGUAGCGUUGGAACUAGCACCAACGCGGGUCCCCACAACAGCAGCGUUGGUAACAAGAUGGAUCCUCGCGUGGACUCUGACCUUGACAACUCUGCUAGCAUUGGCCACCAGCGUGUCUAG